CUUAAGCUACCGACAAUCUACAAUGUCCACCUUGUGGCUAUCAUUGCCACCUUGGGUGGUGCACUCUUCGGCUUUGAUAUCUCUUCCAUGUCCGCCAUCGUCGUAACCGACCAAUACCUCACCUACUUCAACAACCCCCAUGGUAUCAUCCAAGGAGCCAUCGGCUCUGCCCUUGCCGCUGGCUCCGUCGUCGGUUCCGCCAUCGCCGGUCCUCUUUCCGACAAGAUCGGUCGUCGUGACUCCAUCUUUUUCGCCUGCUUCUUCUGGCUCAUUGGUACCUCCGUCCAGGUUGCCUGCAAGAACUAUGGCCAGCUCAUCGCCGGCCGUGUGCUCAACGGCUUUACCGUCGGCAUCACUUCCUCCCAGGUCCCCGUCUACCUUGCCGAGAUUGCCAAGGCAGAGAAGCGUGGUUCCCUGGUCAUCAUCCAGCAACUCGCCAUCGAGUUCGGUAUCUUGAUCAUGUACUUUAUCGGCUACGGCUGUGCGUCGAUCGAGGGCACUGCUUCGUUCCGGACCGCUUGGGGCAUCCAGUUUAUCCCUUGCUUCUUCCUCAUGAUUGGUCUUCCCUUCUUGCCUAGGUCACCCAGAUGGCUGGCCAAGGUCGGUAGGGACCAGGAGGCCAUUGCUGUCCUGGCUAACAUCCAGGCUGAUGGUAACGUUGAUGACCCGAGAGUCGUUGCCGAGUGGGAGGAGAUUGUCACCGUUAUGAACGCCGAGCGUGAGGCCGGUAAGGGAUGGAGGAAGUUCGUCAAGAACGGCAUGUGGAAGCGCACUAUGGCUGGUAUGACUGUACAGGCUUGGCAGCAACUCGCUGGCGCCAACGUAAUCGUCUACUACCUAACCUACAUCGCCCAAAUGGCUGGACUCACAGGCAACGUCGCCAUGGUGACCUCGGGCAUCCAAUACGCCGUUUUCAUCAUCUUCACCGGCGUCAUGUGGCUCUUCAUCGACAAGACCGGCCGUCGCACCCUUUUGGUUUACGGCGCCUUGGGAAUGGCUUUCUGCCACUUUGUCGUCGGCGGCGUCAUGGGCGCGCACCACGACAACGUUCCGGAGGGAGUCGGCGGCAACGCCAACAUUGUCAUUAGCGUGCACAAGGGCGCGCCCGCUAACACGGUCAUCCUGUUCUCGUACCUGCUCAUUGUCGUCUACGCCUUGACGCUCGCUCCCGUCUGCUGGAUCUACGCCGCCGAGGUCUGGUCGUUGGGCACUCGCGCUACGGGUAUGUCCAUGGCUGCCAUGUCCAAUUGGGUGUUCAACUUUGCGCUGGGCAUGUUCACGCCGCCGGCGUUUGUCAAUAUUACGUGGAAGCUGUUUAUCAUUUUCGGGGUGCUUUGCGUCACGGCGGCGGUCUGGUUCUGGCUGUUUUACCCGGAGACGUGCGGUAAGACGCUGGAGGAGAUUGAGAUUCUGUUUGGUGAUCAGGGUCCUAAGCCGUGGAAGACGAAGAAGGGCGAGUCGAGACUUACGGCGGAGAUUGAGGCUGUCAAGGCGAGGAAGACGGUGGAGCACGAGAUUGAAGUGCAUGAGCAUGAGAAGGUUUAGAGUGUGAAGGAGUCUGCGAGGUGCGGUGAUGAGGAAGUGUUUGAGAGUGAGGUGGGGAGAACAAGUGUCAGUGCGGUUAGUUUUUUGUUAGUUAGCAAGAUACCCGGAGCAGAAUUAUGAUUAUUGAGCAUAAAUCCACCAGUGUUUUGU